AUGCUAAUGGCAGAGUCGCGCGACUCGGUCCUUGCCGAUGCUCCCUUUCGCAUGGCCGUCGUCGGGUCCGGUCCCGCUGGGUUUUACACUGCGUAUCGGGUCAUGUCCAAGCUCCCGCAGGCGCGUGUCGACAUGUACGAGGCCUUGCCAGUCCCGUAUGGCCUUGUGCGUCAUGGCGUUGCGCCAGAUCAUCCAGAGGUCAAGAACUGCCAAGAGAAGUUCGAUGAAGUUGCUUCGUCUCCCAACUUCACUUUCAUAGGAAAUGCUUCCAUUGGUCUUCCCGGACACUUGGAGGAGCACUGCACCAUUCCUCUCAAGGUGCUCAUGAGCCAUUACGACUCCGUCCUCUUUUCCUACGGGGCGGCAGAGGACAAGAAGCUGCACAUUCCAGGCGAGGCGUCUCUCAAGGGAAUCUACUCGGCCCGCCAGUUCGUCGGCUGGUAUAACGGCCAUCCCGACUGCGGCCAGCUUGAGCCGGAUCUGUCUCGGGCAGAGGAAGCAGUCAUCAUCGGCCAAGGCAACGUCGCCCUGGAUGUGGCUAGGAUACUGCUGGAGGACAUUGAUGUGCUGAGAAAGACUGACAUCUCAGAUCGAGCCCUUGCGCAGUUGGCUGAAAGCCGAAUCAAGAGGGUUCACGUCGUAGGACGGAGAGGACCCAUGCAAGCCGCAUUUACGAUAAAAGAAGUAAGAGAGUUGAUGAACCUCUCAGGGGUGGCUUUUCACGGCAUAGACGACUCGUUGAUACCGCCAGCUCUUGACAAACUUCCAAGAGCGGCCAAGAGGCUCAUGGAGGUCCUUCGAAAGGGGACGGCAGCUCGCGCUUCUGACUCGCCGAGAUCCUGGUCACUCGACAGCUGCCUGUCGCCAAAGGCCUUUGUGGGCGACAAGCAGAAUCCUUCCCUCGUGGGCAGCACCGAGUUCUACGUGACCAAACUGGAAGACCCAUUCAACCCUCAGUCAUCCGUAUCUCUCACAGAAGAGACGAGAACGCUGCCAUCGGACAUUGCGUUCCGCUCCGUCGGUUACAAAUCGGUGCCUCUGCCGGGAUUUGCCGAGGUCGGAAUCCAGUUCGACGAGAAGCGAGGAGUCAUCCGCAACGACGGGCUGGGUCGAGCGACACAGGUGCUCCCUGGACAGAGUGAACCUAGCGGCACUCCUCCCAUCACAUUGCCCGGCGUUUACUGCGCUGGCUGGGUCAAGAGAGGCCCCACGGGCGUCAUCGCGUCCACCAUGAGAGACGCUUUCCUGACAGGAGACGCUGUGGUCGAGGACUGGCUGUCAGGGGCCCCUUUCAUAAACCGCUCAGCAGACGGCACGGCGGGGGGAUGGGAGGCAGUCAAACAAGAUGUUGGUGCUCAAGCAGAUCAAGUGGUCACUUGGGACCAGUGGCGCCAGAUAGACCAGGCCGAAACAGCUCGGGGGGCGACUAGAGGAAAACCUAGAGAGAAGUUCACCAGCGUUAGAGACAUGCUCGGCACCAUCAAUUGA